AUGCGGGCCGUGGGAGACCAUAUGGCUUCCAACAAGGCUCGAUAUGCGACUUUUGCCUCUGCGUCAAAGACCUCUGUCUGGUGGACGAACGGUUCGGAUCCUCGGAAGAUCUGCCGUGUGGCCUGGUACCCUACCCAGCCUGCUCCGGCGGCGGUUAUGCUACCGUCCAACAUCUGGGAGCCGUAA